AAAAAACUAUCAAUAAAAAAUAUAAUUCUCUAUUUACAACAAGAAAAAUGAAAAAUUAUAAACAUAUAAAUUUAAAUUAAGAAAAACUAACAUUGGAAAAACAAGAAGUUAAUGUAAAAUAAAAAAAACCGAUAAAUGAUAUUAUAAAUAAAAUAAAUUUAUAAGAUAUAAUCCGCGCGAAGCGCGGAAAAAAUCUCUAGUUACUAUAAAGACAGAAAGCUACACGUUUGAAGGGGAAACAAAAUGGUUUAAUAAUCGAUAUUAAUAAUAAAAUUUCACUAGCUUAACAACUAACAUGUAUCUAUAAUCAAUGUGUUUUCUGUUCUUUGAACCACCCAAAAGUAAUUUACUAGGAUUUGAUGGGUUUUUUUUUUCUUACUAAAUUGUAAAUAUCAUAUAAUGAAAGAAUAUUUUACAAAGUAAGAUCUAGAGUCUGAACUCAUUUUGGCAAAAAAGAAAUAAAAAACAAGGGAUCAAAAAAUAAGCCUACAAGAUUGAUGGGUUUUGUAACUUGAACUAGUUCAUUAUUGGUAUACGAAAAGAACUGUUUAUAUUUUACUUUUAACCGGAUGGAGGACAUUGGGUACAACAGUUUCCAACUGCAACUAUACAUUGCAGGAGUGAAGACAGUAGUCACAUCAAAAAUUUCUGUCAAAAUGUUGGAUUUUCAAAAAUAAAGAGAGGGGAUUCUUGUUACUCGGUUGAAAUCUAGCUCACGUAUUCACGGUGCUUGAAUAUUCAUUCAAAUUUCAUUGCGUUUUUGUAGAAGAAAAAUAUAUAAAAGAUUGUCUUAUUGGUAGGACUAGGCAAAAUCUCUAUAUAAAUUUUGAUAUAAUUCGUUAUUCAUUUCGAUUUGAUCCGAAAAUUUUGAAUAUAUGUAGCUUUAUAAAAUAAAUCAAAUAAUAAUAUGUAAUAUUCAUAAAAAAUAAAAUAAAUCAUAAAUACUAAUAUUUUUAAAAAUAAAUAUUUGUUUCGAUCUGUUAUAUAAAUAUAUAUACAUAUAUUUACAAAAUCAUAUAGAUAAAUUAUAUAAUUCUAUUAUAUAAGUUUUACAAUAUCUUUUAUUUAUUAAAUUGAUUAUUUUAGUUAUUAGAAUUUUAAAAGGUAAGAAUUAUUAUUAUUUUAUAUUAUUUUUCGAUUUUUUUAAAUUUAAUUUAUUUAUAUAAUCGUAUAUCCGGUUAAAAUAUAAAAAAAAUCAGAUAUUCAAACAUCAAAUAUUUGGAUAACUACAGAUCAAAUCGGAUAAUUAUUAUUUAGAUGAAACAAAUUGGAUCAUUAUAGUAUAAAUUUUGAAAUUCUAUUCAUGUCCGCUCUUUCUUAUUAGUCUUUUUGGAAAUUAUCAGGUUUAUUCAUAAACUGAAAUUAUACAUGUUAAGAAGACUACUACCGUUUAUCAAUUGAUGUGAUGCCAAUGCAACAUAUGACAUUUUAUUCAAUAACAAGUCAUAAGUUAUUGUUAGUUUUAAUAUUGUUCGAAUUCAUUCGCAAAUCGCUUAUUAGUAUUGAAUCGUUGUUUAGUAUCAUAAAAUAAAAUGAUUUUAAGUUUGAAUUUAUAUUAGAUCUUGAUCCGCGCAGUGUUGGAUUUAACUUGCGUUUAAUGUAAAUCUAUAAACCAUUGAUUUUAUAAAAUAUCUAUUUAUAUUUUUAUGUUUUGUAAAAUAUAUUUAGAGUAGAAUAUAUUAUAUUAUAAUAUAGAUAUUUGAUAAUAAUUUUUAUAUGUACAUAAUAUUAUAUUUAUAAUUUUAUAUAACUUGAUGCAAUUUGAUGAAUUGUAAUAUUCAUAUAUUAACUUAUUGAUUUUUUUGUUUAUUUAUUUAAAAAUAAUUUAAUAUUUUACAGUAGGUUUUUAUGAACUAUUAUGAAUUUUAUGAUAUUUGAUUUUAAGUGAAGUGGCAGAUUUGUAAAUAAGAAAGAAAUGCAAUAGCUAAAUGUGUAGAUAAAAAAAAUAUUUAAUUUGCUAUUCGUGCUUCCAAACAAUUCUCAUUUAAUCUACUAUCCAAAUUUCCAAACGACGGAAUCUGUAAAUGAGAAAUAAAUACAGUGACUAAAUAUAUAAAUAAAAAAUAUUUAAUAUCUUAUCUUUAUUUUUAAACAAUUUUUAUUUAAUCUAUUAUCUAAGUUUUCAUACAAUAUCAAAAUAUAUUUCAAUCGUAAUAAUAUAGAUGAUCUAGGACCGAUCAUAUAAUUCUGCAAUAAACAAACAAACAACAUUUAAUUUCAAAUCACAAUUUUAUAUUGAAGUGACAUGUAAACAAAACAAGGCUUAUGACUCACCCUAUUUUAAAUAUAUCUGGAUACGAUGACAAAGUAAAUGACAACUUUAAUAAGGUUACGUUGCACAUAUUUUUAUUGUUGUUUGUAAUGGAAAUUUUCAUUCUAUUCUUCUCACUAAGUUAUGUGCAAGUACAGAUGAAACUAGAAAAUAAAAUGUAGAAAGUAUAAGACAUAUUUUUUUCAAAUUCACUAUAAAAAAAACAAAUACACUAAUUUUUUGAAAUAUCGCUCUUUUCUAUUACAAUUUUUUUAAAAUAACUUAAUCCUAAAUUAAACUUAUUUUAGAAUCUAAACUUCAAUUUAUCAGGAUCAUCUGAAAUAUUUUGUUUUUAAGUUUAGACUUCAAUUUUUCAAUUUCAGAAAAUAUGUCAAUGACUAUGUCAACACCUAAUGAAUAACAAUAACACUAAAAGCUUAACCACAAAAGCACCAAACAAAAAUCUCCCGCUUUUUUUCUGCAUAAACACAUUUAUUUCAUGAGGUACGUUCUCUAUGUAUAGCUAACAUAAAUUUUUUUCCCAACUUUUUUUCAAAGAAACUUUUUUCUGUUAAAUAUAUUUUCCUUUACUUUUUCUCUUCAGUUUUCAUUUAAAGUAAACUUUCAUUUUUUCAUAACAGAUAUAUUUUCUUUUUCCAAGAUAAAAUAACAUAUAAACAUCAUAGUGCACAAAUUUUAUUAUAUUCCAUUUUCAUGAUACAAAUCUAUACUAUUUUUGUACUACUUUCUGAACUAAUACAAAACACUUCAGAAAUAUACAUCUUCACCGUAUGAUUAGAUUUUUUUUUUCAAUCUGAAAUCAGUUCCACUAACACGGUUCACUACAAUAUUUGAUCAAAUUCUUAUUGAGGCAAAAACAUUGAAUUGGCUAACCUCACCGUCGAUCAUUGUAAGUACGUGAGCUAUGUUACAUAUAGACGUUAGACUAUAUAUGGAGUAGAUAUGCUGCUUAAAUCAAAUUAGAUUAAGUAAUCAUCUGAGACGAGACACUGAAUAAAGUGGUUUGCAUUCGAAAUUGUUGCAAGAUAACUACUCUAAAGAAAAUCUUUAAUUUUUGAAAGAUAAACUUAGUUGUUUCUUAAAUGGAAAUAAACAAAUAUUUUGACUCGUUGAGAAGUUAAUACAUAGUAAGUGUUCAUUGAAGUGAUCUAGAGGUUUUUUUGGGCAAAAGGGGAGCCAUUUAACGGCGUUAGAUACCGCCAAUGAUUUUCACACAUCAUCAACGUCCAGCAAAAACGACGUCAUCAACCAAUAACUCCUCCGACAUUUAUAAGUUUUUGGCAGAAACCGUUUCCAUAACACAACAUACUGCCUGUUUUUUUGCUCUCUAGACUCUAUAUAGACAGAGAGAAAACUACAAAGGUUUUUUUGCUCCAAGUAAGACACUUGCGGUAACACAUACAUAAACAAUCAUUGUCAGCUUCUUCUUUCUUUCUUGGCUCUUCUUCAUCAUCUUGCUCUGUUCACAAACUCUUUCGAAAACAGAACAAAGAUAUACAUAUCAUCAAGAAAUGGGAAAGAAAGAUGAGAAAGUCGAAACUGUUCUUCAUUUACUCAGACAACAAUCUCCUCUCACUCUUAACCAAGAGAAGUUCUGUAACAAAGAGUGCGUGGAGAGAUUCUUGGAAGGGAAAGGAAACAACGUGAAAAGAGCUGCGAAGCAACUACUGUCAUGUCUUUCUUGGAGACAAAGCAUUGAAAUUGAGAGGUUAGGGGCUGAGGAAUUCGCGACGGAGCUUUCCGACGGUGUAGCUUACAUCGCCGGCCAUGACGGAGACGUCAGACCCGUUAUAAUUUUCCGUUUCAAAAACGAUUAUCAGAAAUUGCGUACUCAGAAGCAAUUUUUGCGUUUAGUGGCGUUCACGAUGGAGACUGCAAUAUCGAGCAUGUCCAGAAACGCGGAACGGCGCGUGGUUCUUCUCUUCGAUGCAAGCUUUUUCAGAUCAUCCUCUGCCUUUGCAAAUCUGCUUUUACCAACCCUAAAAAUUAUAGGAGAUAAUUAUCCAUGCCGACUUUACAAGGCCUUUAUCAUUGACCCUCCCUCUUUUUUCCCUUACAUUUGGAAGGGCGUACGUCCAUUCGUGGAGCUAUCAACGCUCACGACGGUGAUCUCUUCGCUGGACUAUGACGAGCAGCUAGAUAUCAGCCACGUUUCCUUAGCAUCCUCAUCAUCAUCAUCAUCAUCAUGUCCUAGAUCCGCUUCCCUACGUUUCGAUGCAUCAUCGAAUAAAUCAGCGGUCGCGAGUGGUUCAGCUUCUUCAAGAUUCGCGUUCACCGUAUCUCAUAACUCCUUGAAGCCGUGGUACCUUUCCUUCACUGACACGUCUCCUCUUAACGCAGCCGUCUCGACCGCGGCCUCUAAAGUUUCUCCGAUCAGCUCGCGGUCGCUAUCUUUCGCGUCUCCGGCGGCGCGUGGCUUAAUAGACGCGAGACAACCCGCAUGCAUGAGAAAGAGUGUGUUUCCCUCGACGCCGUUGCAGGAGAAGACGAAAACGGAGACGUACCGGAAAACACCACGUCCGUCUUUCUUUCAGUCUCCGGCGAUGUUUUUUCGCGGGGGAAAAAAUGUUGGCGGAGGCGAGAAGUCAUCACGUGAAGCGUUCGUACCAUAUCUGAAGUUUUACCGGAGACCGUACGAUGAGACGGCCUAUAGGUCUAAACUGCGGGGUCCACGUGGGUUUGUGUCGGUCGUGUCUUCGCACGUAAGAUGUCGUCAUGCGUCUUUAUCUCAACGGUAAUAACCAGGCUUCUAGCUAUGACGUUAAAAAUACGAGAUUAAGGAACAAAGUAUAUACUAUUAAUUAGAAAAAGUACUACAUUAAUCGGUUCCAUUACUCUACAUUGCGAUGAUAUUUAUUAUUUAAUGAGCUUGAUUUUAAUUUCAUUUGUUUCUAGUUGAGUCAAAAACAAAAGUUCACCAAAUAGUUACUUCAAAGUUCAAACUACCA